GUUUGACACUUCAUUGGCCCAGCAGCUGCGUCGAUGCGUCUAUAUUCUUCUACCAUGGAUUUGAUGUAUUACCGGGUCACAUGAAGACCGUGAGGAAUAGUCGACUUUUCAAUAUUGACGACGUUAAAAAAAUAAAGCUGCAGCCCUGUUAUAAAAUAACGCCGUUCACCGAAUUCACAACCUGGCCAAGAAUAAAAAUAAUUAUAAAACAAAUAACAUAAAAAUCCAAAAAAGUAAAGAAUAUGAACGUUGAAACUACUAGUUCUAUAAAUACGUUUGAUCCUAAGGAUCCACAUGGAUUAGGUGACCCCAAUGACAAGUCUCUGCGCAAGGUGGAAGUGGAGAUUCUUAUACCCAAGAUUAUGAGAGAUCGGGCAAAGGAAAUACAUUGCACCAAAGAAGUAGCAGAUUUUCAAGCAUGUUGUAAAGACAGUGGAGUACUGAUGGUCGUAUCCUGUCGUAAGGAGAACUCACAUUUAAAGGAAUGUCUCAGCAAGUGGUAUAAAAAUGAGGCUUUUAAAGAAGAAUGCAAACAAAUUUAUCUUAAAGAAAGGUCGGAAUUUCGCAGCACCGGUAUUCCGAAAAAGCACAGAGUGGAAAAGGUUUAGUUUUUUAAACAUUGAAGCAUUUAUUAUAUUUUUCGUUGGGUUUGUACAUAAGAUGUGUAAUUAAAGCGCUUUAUAAUAGUUUCUGUUACAUUCAA